AUGAAGGCCUCCCCGCCAACGCACUUGCCUCAAGAAGGCCAAAAACCUUCCACCGCUGCUUCGACGGUACCACCUUCGUCUAAAGCGCCUGCUCACAGUGUACUCAAAGAGCGCGUCGAUGUUCCGAGUACCAGCGGCGCCGGUGCCAACGCCAGCAAGGGACCCGAAAAAAUGGCCACCAAGAAGGACACUCCUCCUGGCCGCGGCGGUGGUGGUGGCGGUGGCCGAUCAGUAAGUGAGUCGAGCGGUUCGCAGCUCUCCGAGGAAGCGAUCGCGGAGCUACGCGAGGCUUUCGCGCUGUUUGACAAGGACGGCAACGGCGCUAUCAGCACCAAGGAGCUGGGCACCAUGAUGCGAGCCCUCGGCCAGAACCCGACCGAGGCCGAACUCAAGGACAUGAUUGCCGAGGUAGACAGCGACGGCAACGGCACCGUCGACUUUACCGAGUUUCUCGCCAUGAUGACCAAGAAGACGCGCACUGCAGACACCGAAGACGAGAUUCGCGAGGCGUUCAGAGUGUUCGACAGGGACGGCAAUGGCUUCAUCACUGCGGCUGAGCUGCGCCACGUCAUGACCACCUUGGGAGAGAAACUGACGGACGAAGAAGUCGACGCCAUGAUACGGGAAGCCGACACGGACGGGGAUGGACAGAUUAACUAUGAAGAGUUCGUUGCACUAAUGACGUCGACCUAGAAGUCCGA